AUGGGUGUCUUUGCAAAGCGUUCGAUGGCCAAGACGAGGCGGAGACGUCGCGACCUGGACCAGAUUGCCUCUGACAUUGCCUCUCCAAGACAUCUUGAGCUCUACAAGGAGACCAAGGAUGUAGAGGAUCUCCCCGGUCUGGGGCAGCACUACUGCAUCCCAUGCGCCAAGUGGUUCGACACCGAGACCAACCUGACCUCUCACAAGAAGGGCAAGCCUCAUAGGAGACAAUUGAAGCAGCUCAAGGAUGGCGCUUUCACUCACAAAGAGGCGAACGCUGCUUCGGGUCUCGGGGUGGACAACGGUCCUGUGAAGCCCAAGAUGGACAUGGAGAUCGAUAUUGCUUAA